AUGUUUACAAUAGGAGAAGAGCCCGCUGCAAUCAGGAGCAUUUCGUAUCAUUCUGAUGACACGAAGUUGUUUAAAGCUCUAUGUGAUUGUCUCACAGCUGACGAAUAUGAGGAUCUGAAGGCGUCGAAGUUGGGAGUGUUCAUCAAGUUCAAGGAGCUUGGCUUUGAGUUUGAACACCUCACUGGUCUGAACUGCGAUUACAUCAAGGACCUGGAAAAUCCAAGGUGUGAGGUUACGAAGGAGAUGGCUGCUUUCUGGGAGAAGAUGGGUGUUGAUCUCGAUACUGGGCCAAGAUACAUUGAAGGGAAAAAGUUCUCAACCGCUACACGGGCUAGUCUUGCGAGGCAAGUGCUGAUGGAUUCUCUGAAGGCAAAAGACUUGACGCAAACAGGUUACACUGUUGAUGGGUUUAUACAAGUUAUCCAGGUGUGGGCGUACUAUGCUAUGCCAGAAUUGGGUGCUAAUUAUGGGUCUCAUGUACCAGACAGACCGUCUCCACUGUUGAUGGUUUACAAGGGUGGCCAAGGGCGACGCAGAUGUUUUAAGUCGGCUAUCAAUAGACAGAUUAACGUGAACAACUUUGUUCAGAAGGACCUUGAUGAAAUGUUUCCACAAUGGGACGGAGACGUAGAGGACCCUGCCGUGGAUAACAUAAUUAAAGUCAUGUUUAAUGAUCCUCGAUUGAAGUGGACCAUGGACUGCUGGAAAGUCACCGGUACUCACAAGGUUGUGAAGAUGGAAGUAAGUCCAGCGAAGAAUGAAGUGAGUUCAGUGAAGACGGAAGCGACUACAGUGAAGUCAGAGAGUGUUGUGAAGGAAGAAAGUAGCAGACCUCGGAAGAAAGCUCGUAAAGGGUCUUCUGUUUCUGUUGAGGCACCUGCAGCGGGUAGUGAUGGCUUUGGGAUGACGAAAGAGCAGAUUGAAAGGGACUUCAAGGACAUAUCUGAUGCCAUUAGUGAUGGCUUUGGGACGUGA